AGGAGGUGGCGGAGAGCGGGCGACGUGCCUGGCGCUGGUCGCAGUGUGAUGAGCUGAUGUACCUGACAGGAGGUGAACUUUUCACGCACGUACCUGUUGGGAAUUUGGUGGGCUGCAUGAAGCGUUUUCGCGAGUCCUCCUUCGCAAGUGUCAUGCAACUCUUUCACUUUGCGCUCUGGCAGCUGCCGGAGCUGCAGGAUUUACGACCCCGUUGGAUCUUUGACCGCCAGAUGAUGGGCGGAGAAAACGGAGACGGUGCCGUCUCUGCUGAGGGUAAGGUCUCCCACAGCUAUCGAAGCUUCCUUCUGGUGCGCUUGCUACAGCAGCUCAGUGAAGCCAAAAGGCACGGCCUCGUGGCGGCGGAGCUUGGCGUCAUGGGAGCGCACACCAGUGAGAUUCUGAUGCAGGACGUUGGUUUCCGAAGAGCCCAGGGCUGUGUUGGCACAUAUGAUAUAUAUAUAUAUAUGGGAGCCGUCCAAAAACCCCAGAAAGGUUUUUAG